UAUGCUGCAUUUGACAAUGUAAACAUACAGGGUGUAUCACUGAACGCGCAGUGUGGUGCAGAAUGCUGUCGCAUCGACAGGCUGUGUGGUGUAGUUCUCGUUUGUUUUCAAGGGCACGAUCGGAUGAAAGGCACGCACAAAUGCGUUGUUUCAUUGGAUUUAUAUUUGAAAAUAAUUGAACUAAAAUUACAAAGUCAGCUGUAAAUGACCCUUUUUCGUUUUUCUACGGAAAUUAAUAGUUUGCAAAAACGUGUUUAUAAACGCCCAUCUGCUACACCACACGGUCAGCUGUCAAAAGUCUGAAGGCGCAUUUGUGUUGGUGAGACCUGACAGUCAGGUUGCAACCUGACGUGAAAAAUUAAAGCGCUCAAAUAAAAAAGCAACCCCGAGAAGAUAACAACAACGCGGUGCGGUUUUUCAGUGGAAAAAAGCGUGCAGCUAAUAGAAUAUCGGACACAAGCAUCGCAAUGGCAGACCAAUACGGUGGAUACGCCAGUAAGGAUUUUGGGGGUGCUGCUCCGUAUAGCGUUCCUCCACCACCGAUUAAUCAGAGCUACAGUCAGCCUCCUCCGAUGAGCAAGUUUGGUGGUGGGGGUACCGGCAGCUACGGACAGCAGAGUUCCGGUUCUGUCGGCGGUGGAUACGGUGGUCAAAGUGAUUACAAUGGUGGCGGAGGCCGUGGCGAUAGUGGUGGCUACGGUGGUGGCAAUCGUGGCGGAAACAGCUACGACAGAAGAGGUGGUAACCAAACCGGCGGAUACAGCAGUGGCGGCGGCAACAAGGGUGGUUAUAACAAAGCCGAUGGUGAAAUGAUCACACAGGAGGAUACAAUAUUUAUUCAGGGAAUGACACCGGAAACUACGGAAGAAGAGAUUGCCGAACGUUUCGGUUCGAUCGGUGUAAUUAAGCGUGACAAGCGUACGCAGAAGCCCAAAAUCUGGAUGUACAAGGAUAAGGAAACGGGCAAUAUGAAGGGUGAAGCCACCGUAACCUACGACGAUGCUAGUGCCGCACAAUCCGCCAUCGGAUGGUUCGAUAAUAAGGAAUUCAAUGGGGCCAUUGUGAAGGUGACGCUCGCCCAACGUUUUAGCAACUGGCAGAACAAGGGUGGUAACCGUGGUGGCUUUAACAAAGGAGGAGGCGGCGGCGGUGGCUAUGGUGGCGGUGGCAACCGAAUGGGUGGUGGCGAUCGCGGUGGAUCGAGUGCGGGCGGUGGUGGCGAUCGUGGUGGCUUCAAUCGCGGCGGCGGUGAUCGGGACGACAGCCGUUCACGGCCUCCACCUGGCGGUGCGAUGGGUGGAGCACGCGGCGGUUUCGGCGGCGGUGGUGGAGGUGGUGGCAGCGGUGGCGCACAAGAUCGCGAGGGUGACUGGAAUUGUGGAGAAUGUAACAACAAAAACUUUGCCUGGCGCAACGAAUGUAACCGUUGCAAGGCACCGAAGGGUGAUGGUGCCGGCAGUGGAUCCGACGGUGGCAGUCGAGGAGGAUACGGUGGUGGUGGUGGUAAUCGCAACGGUGGUGGAGCGGGAGGUGGCCGGGAUCGUGGCUCCUUUGGUGGUGGAAGGGGUGGCGGUGCUGGCGGUCAGGAUCGAGGAUACGGUGGUGCGAAUCGUGGAGGUCGCGAUAAUGGCGGCAGUGGUGGAGGAUACGGUGGUGGAGCAAUGCGGGGAAAUGACAGAAACAACCGAAAUGAUCAACGACAACGCCCGUACUAAGGUUGCAAGUGUGCCAACAUCUUAGAGACGACAUACAAUGUAACACAUUUUCAACCAGGAAAACGAUGUCAAAUUUAUUUGUCAACCAUUUAGCUACAUUAUAGUCACGUAAAGGUCACGACAUGUGCGUACACUUGUCGUACGUUUUUGAGCCGUCAGGGUGUUAACACUUUUUCUGUAUCAUCAUUAAAACCGAACCAUCGGUCAUCGUGCGGGAAGGAAUUUGGUAGAGAAUGUCUACAAACCUAUCGCACACUAACACUUUCAGGCGCCAAACAACUAUUGAUCUGGAUUUUGGAUUGGGUCGAUGAAAAUAGUAUAUAGAGUCGGCAAUGCACGACUAGGACACGAGCAAACCCGGUCUGGAUUGAAAUUGCGACUGGAUGUAUGUUGAACUCAAGACGACAGGCAAGGAUGUAUUGAUGUGUAAAGGUGAAUUGUAAAUGUAUUAUUAGUGCACGUUUCUUUACUAAGCGAAUGCUUGUGAGGCAUGUGGUUGAAACAGUCUCAGAAGGUUAGCAAUAACUACAGAUCACAUCAUCAGGAAAGAAGCCGGAGAUUUAAGUCUAAAGUAAUAAUGCAUUAAAAAUAUCCACCGUCCUCCAGACACACGCAGCUGGUCGCAAGGGAGAGAUUUACCACGUAACACAAUUAGAAAGAAUAAACUUAAGUUAAAAAAAAUGUA